CUACGUCAGUAUUGACGGCAGCAAAUAGUGCAGGGGAGUGGAGAACGCUGGGAGAGGACUCAAACACUCACACACACUCACUCACUCACUCACUCACACACAUUCACACACACACAUACACACACUCAACACACACUGGGAGGAAAAAGACGCACCGAAAGACGCACGAAGUUGUUUUGGCUUUUACGCGCCUUGCUGUCCUGGGGGAUCCCUUCGGUGCGGGCUUUCCUUUUUUAUAUUUUUGCACAAAUUCACACCCCAGGUUCUGUGUUGGUAAACAGUGAAGAAGAAGAAGAAGAAGGAGAAAGAGCUGAAGAAGAAACCGGACCAGGUCGGACCAAAAGGGGCAGAAAACUCACCAGGUAUGGCGGCCGUGUUGCCGAGGACCCUGGGCGAGCUGCAGCUGUACCGCAUCCUGCAGCGGGCCAACCUGCUCUACUACUACGAGGCCUUCAUCCAGCAGGGAGGCGACGAUGUGCAGCAGCUGUGCGAGGCGGGGGAGGAGGAGUUCCUGGAGAUCAUGGCGCUGGUGGGCAUGGCCAGCAAGCCGCUGCACGUGCGCCGCCUGCAGAAGGCGCUGCGGGACUGGGUCACCAACCCGGCCAUCUUCAACCAGCCGCUCACCUCGCUGCCUGUGUGCAGCAUCCCUGUCUACAAGCUGCCCGAGGGCUCGCCCACGCUGCAGGACCGAGCCGCCAGCGUCAAGAUGCCCAAAGCUGUCGCCGCCGCCUGCUCCGACCCCGGGAAGCUGGACGUGGCGAGGGACAAAGUGUCAGCCGGGUCCCCCCUGCAGGGCGGCAGCGAGGCCCGCUUCUGGUCGGGCCACAGCAACGACAGUGAGCACAGCCUGUCGCCCUCUGACCUCGGGUCACCGUCCUCCCCGAGGGACGCGUUAGAGGCCCUGGACGCCGCCGCCGUGCAGUCCGUCCUGGAGUGUGUGGACCGGAUGGCCCCAGGACUCCCCAAGACAGACUUAGCCGAGGUGAAGGAGCAGCUGAAGAACAACAAGAAGAUGGCGAAGAUGAUCGGACACAUCUUCGAGAUGAGCGACGACGAGCCACGUCGGGAGGAGGAGAUUCGGAAAUACAGCGCCAUCUACGGGCGCUUUGACUCCAAGAGGAGGGACGGGAAACACCUGACACUGCAUGAGCUGACGGUGAACGAGGCGGCGGCGCAGCUCUGUAUGCGGGACAUGGCUCUGCUCACCCGCCGGGACGAGCUCUUCGGACUCGCACGGCAGAUCUCCAGAGAGGUCACCUACAAAUACACAUACCGCACCAGCAAGUCUCGCUGUGGAGACAGAGACGAGCCAUCCCCUAAAAGGAUUAAAACAGAGGAGAACUUCUUCGACAUCCAGGAGGCGCUGCAGGCGAUCCACAUGCGGCAGGAGAUGCUGAGGGAGCAGCUGGCCUGCGCCAAGUCCAAAGGAGAGGAAACUGUCGGCCGAAAUCUGCAGAUGCAGCUGGAGCGUCUGCUGGCGCGGCAGAUGGAGAUCCUGCAGGACGCGGCGGUGCAGGAGCGUCUGCAGGCUCUGGACUGGAGGAUCCCGCCCGCCGCCUUAAAGUACCUCAACGACGCUCACCAUACCAACGGAGCCGCCGCUGACGCCAGCAGAGACAACCAAGACGAACGACCAAUCAACCUGCGCGUUGUCAGUCAGAACAUGCAGGAAGGAGACCUCCCAUUGGGCAAGCAGCUAGCCAACGAGCUGAAGCGCCAUCACAACCACAACCACAGCAACUCAGACGACACCAAAACACCAGCAACAGAAAACGGGACGUCGCAGCGAGCGUGCAGCAACGCGGAGAAGAAAACCAUCAAGUCAGAGCCGGAAGACUCCACAUAGUGCCUCCCGCCUCCUGCCCAAAUCCACGCCACUCACACCUGACAGUAUGCAGUUAUUACCCAUCAAUAGAUACUAAGCAAGCACAGCCACAGUAGAGCCUUAACAACCAAUGUUGCCUCAUGAAAAGCAUUUAUUUUUCUUUAUUUUGUAUUUCUGUUUUGUUCAAAGAGAGAGUUUUGUCUGUUAUUAUACACGUAAUUUAAGAGUGAUCAGUGUGUGUACCUUCACCUGGUGUUUUUUUAUAUAUUUGUUGCUUUCUUACAGGGGCUGAGUCUGAUUUCAAACAUAGAUUCAGAGAUGACAUUAAAGCAGAAAUGUUGUUCUGUUCAGCAUCUUAGGAACACUUCAUAUGGCUACCAUGUAGCCAAAGUUGUAAAGCCUUCAAACUGACUGGAACAUUCAAAAUGAAGCUGCAAAUGAUGCCAAUAUUCAGUUUAAAUUCCUAAAUAUUUCAAGUAUCCGGGGGUUUUUCCUCCAAUUUUUCGUUAGUAACACUGCAGCGAUGCAAGACUGAAAUACCUUGAUACAAUUGAUAGACUAGCACAAAUUUCAUAAUUACGAGAGAACAAAACAUAAAAACUCUGGUUAUUAAAUCUGCCUUUUUCCUAUAGUGCCACCAUGAGUUUGGCAUAUUUAGUUCUGAAAUGUUGUUGAUCCUUAGUUUCAACAUACAAAUGUGUUUUGUGGCCUAAUUCACUCAAAACGAAUGACAUUCCCAUUAGCUUCAGCGGUGCUAAUCAAUACUCGCUAACAAGAAUGGCAAGCAUUACUUGCUAUUAGCAUUUAGCUUGAAAACAGUGCAAGUAAAGUCAAGUUUAUCAGUUGUUUUUUUGUUUUAAUGAUGGAAACCAAGUGUUAUGUAUUUUGCAGCUUACAGGCAAGGUACCCAAAUCAGUAUAACCCUUAUAUACUUUUUAUUUAAUAAUCAUUACAUUAUGAAAAACUCUUGAGUCCUAGCGUUUAUAUUUAUUCUACAGUAAGAAGAUGUUACAAAAAAUAUCCAAAGAUUAAGCAGCUUCUGAAAUCAUUUCCCUGAGUCACCCUCCGUCCUCUGAGCCUCCAUCUUUCUCCCAAAUCUAACUUAUUCAUUUUUAUUUGUACUGUAGAGGUUUUAAAAGUACUGUAUAGGGAGAUUGAGUUCAGAUUCAGCCCCUUUAGCAGGUUCGUCUUUUUGUCGUUCACUUCAAACGGGAGUAGGGGACAGGUGGGAUUUUUAAUCCUCCCUCACUCCCCCCCCGCACCUCUUCUGUGUAUAUUUCUGGAAGGUAAUUUAAGACGAAGAUGUAUAGGUGCUGUUGUGGAGUAACAGCAGGGGACCUCUGUCAUCCACCUGGGUAGGAUGGCAUGCCGGAGGCCGAGCUAAUUGCUUCAUUUCACUUUGUAAUUUACAAAAACACUGCUGUAGAAGGGAAACCACACAUCUGCAAACAGAAUAUUUCAGAAAUAGACAUGCCUGCGGGUUUUAAAAACGAUAUUAGGUCGUAAAAUCCAACAUGUGUGUCAAGUUUUAGAGAUUGCAGGUAUGUGGUUUUGCUAAAACAGCAGAAGAAAGUUGAUUACUGCCCGGGUCUGUAAAUAGUAACAAAUAGUGCUAGCCUAAUCUCUCCACCAGUUCGUAACUUUGUUGUAGAUUUUUGGUGUCAAUACAAGUGUUUAUGUAUAAGCAAAAACAAGAAAAACUUUAAGUGUCCAUUGAGGAAAAAAUAGUGUCUGGUACAGUAUAUAAAAAACUUUACAUGAUGAUGAUGAUGUUGGUUAGCCUUAGCUCUUAACAGUGUUUAUCCACCUGUGAUGGCCAUCAGUGCUUAUUUCAGAGUUGUUGCUGUUUAAAGGAAAUCAAAUGAGUGUUUCUAUGUGUUCAUCACGCCGUGUAAAUACGUCUCUUCUCCUCUGACUCCCUGCAGAUAGAUUAGUCCCAGACCAAUGCAAUAUUUAUGUGAGUAAUAAGUCUAUUUGCAUAUUAUGUGGAACCAUCUCUGUGUCAUGUGCUCAGUAACUGUAUGUCUGUCACAAACUACAUGUGGUGGUGUUUGAAGACACAUCUUCAUGGAGGUUGUUUUGUUCCAAGCAGCCACUAUGAUGAGAAUUUUAAAGCUAAGCUAGCUAGUGGAUUCUGGGAGAGAAAAAAAAACAUGUUAUUGUCUCGUUGGCGUGCGAUGUUUCCGAGAACAGCCCUGCCGUGUCACUGAUCGCCUCCUCACUGUUUAUUGUCAAGUGAUAGAUUAGGCUUCACCUAGUUAUGCACCUGUUUUUUUAAACACUAAUAUAUUUUAUUUGUUAUACAGCACAUAAACAUUAAACUUUAUUUUUUUGAA